UAAACCGAAAGAAAUUUAUUCGAUACGUAACAGUACAAAAGAGCAUUGAGCCAGCACAGCCCAAAGCUUACAAAUUGUCUAAUUAAGAAUUGUUUUGUAGACGUGCGUAUCGAAACAAUUCUUGAACAAAACAUACGCUUGCGUUCUUUACAAAUAAAGACAGCAUGGGUGGCAAUAAAAUUCCAUACGCCAAUUAGCAAACAUCAUAUUCGGAUGAGAAUUAUUUAUUCUCACAAGAUCGGCUUAUAUGUGGUUCUAAAACUAUUCGAAACUCAAGACAAAAAAAAAAUUGGCCAUAUCGUGUAUGAAUUUCACUUUCCAGCGAUAUAAAUUAUAUUCAAUCUUCAAUGGUCUUAUGUUUAAGUACCUACGCCUAAAUUAAGAUGGAUACGUUCAUUCGGAACCAUCGUGAUUUGGACUAGUAGCGCAAAUGUACAAAUCAUUACAGUGACGAAAGCAAUAUACCCCGAAUCCUCCGCAUUCUGCUGGAUAUAAUAAAUCUUAUUAAGUCAUUGACAUUUGUAUGAAGCUAAUGCUUGACAAAGUGACAGAGGCCAACACUACUUCGGUUCAUACAAAUGAGAAAGCAAAUAUUAAAUUGUGGUAUAUUGAGUGUUGUGUCUUUAGUCGCAUUUUACAGACUGAAGGAAGAAGUUGACUUUGGGCGGCAAAAAGACAUGGCGUUUUCCACAAAUUUCUUACUGGUUGCAAUAAUAGUGGCAAGUUCCUAUUUUCUAUGGUCAAAACGUAGAUUUCUCAAAGUAUUCAAGGAACUACCCGGACCAGGACCGCCGUUGCUCGGUAUAGCAUAUAGAAUGUUGAAAGCAGAGAAUUUUAUGCGGAACAUGGAAGAAGAAGCCAAGAGCUACCAAGCGCCAUUCAUAACUUGGCUGGGUCCUAGCUGCUUUCUGUACGUUAAUGAUCCGCAAACAAUGGAGAUUAUUUUCAAUUCCCCUCUAUGCACCAAUAAAGGAGACAUGUAUCGUUUCAUGGCCAAUGCCAUAGGAGAUGGCCUUUUCACGUCUAGCUCCCCACGUUGGAAUAAACAUCGAAGGCUUUUGAACCCCGCCUUUGGUCGCAAGAGUAUUCAAACUUUCCUGCCAAUAUUUAAUGACGAAGCCAAUGCAUUUGUUAACAAACUGAAAGGAAUGCAGGAUCAGUCAUUGGAGAUUUAUAAACUGUUGAAAAAAUCCGUGCUGGAGAUAUCGUGUCAGACAACAAUGGGUAAAAAGAUGAAUUUUCAAAACGACAACUCCACGGUCAUAUUCGACUCAUAUAACAGCCUUACGGAAAUCUGCAUUACCAGGAUGCUUUCUCCCUGGCUUCAUCCGGAUGUCAUAUAUCAAUGUUCCAGCCUCUUCAAACGCGAGAAGAGAUCCAUGGAAAUUCUAAGUAAAUUCGUCAGGGAUCUUUUGCAACUUGACAAUGGCACCACAAUCCCCAAGGAUACUUCUGCUAAUGUUGAAAGUUUUAAAAAUAUAGCAAGGAAUUGCGAUGAGGAUGAUGUGGAAGUCAUUGGCAAAUCAAAGCCCCAUAUUUUUGUGGAGCAAGUUCAUGCACUGAUCGAAUCAGGUCAGCUGUCGGUGGCUGAUGUUUUAGCUGAGGCCAAUGUUACAGUGGCUGCUACUUUUGAAACAACGUCCACGGCUAUGUAUUUCACAUGUUUGGCUCUCGCAAUGCACCCACAGUGCCAAGAAAAAUUGUACAUGGAGUUGGUCAAUGUGCUGCCAACAGGCGGUUCGCAAGACAUUACCAUAGAUCAACUCGAUCGUUUGGUCUACACCGAAAUGGCAAUAAAUGAGGCCAUGCGACUUUUUGCCCCAGUACCAGCUGUAGUUCGCAGCGCUUCAUCAGAUUUCCACUUACGCCACUAUGUCACUGGCAAAACAACUCUUAUUCCGCGGGGGACACAAAUCAUCCUGGACAUUUUCAAUAUGCAACGAAGUGAACAGAUCUGGGGCAAACGAGCUCACUACUUUGAUCCUGAUGAACACUUUGGACCAGCAUGCAAACCACAUCCCUUUGCAUUUGUCCCAUUCACGAAAGGCCUACGGAUGUGUAUUGGCUAUCGAUAUGCCUUGACGCUCAUGAAGGUCAUGUUGGCGAAAAUAUUCCGCAAUUACCGAGUGCUAACAAAAACACAAAUGAAAGAUCUGAAGAUAAAGGGGACCAUAUCACUUAAGCUGGGCGACUAUCCACUUUGCACCUUGGAGCCCAGAGAGGUCUAGCAAUGAUGUGAAGUACUUCCAAUAAGCAACGGCGAUUAAAUGCUUAACCUAGUAACAACCAUUUAUAAAAUCCAAAAAUCACCUUCAUAUCCGUCUUAGAGCUAUUUUCAUGUAUUCGGUUAAUUCAUUUAAAUGUUCGCGACAACUGCGAUGUUUGAUUUUAUUGUAAGCCGUCUCUUUGCAGUCCCAUAAGAUAUUCAUUAAAUUAAAUUUUUUUUGUACUUAAUGAGAAGCAUAAUAUUUUUUCAUUUGCUAUCUACCCGAAUUUCGUCCUUUAUAUAGGUAUAUACAGGCUGAAACUGGCUCGUUCGCCUAAUUCUAAAGAAAGUCUUCCUAAUACUUUUAUUUAUGGACAAAACAAUGGUGAAUAGCUUAUGAUCAACUUUUAGCACUCUAUUCAAUUUUCCAAUAUAUAGCGCAGAUAUUAUUGUUAGCGAUGCUCGCUGCAGGUUCCACUCACAUUGCCAUCAUUUAGACUAUAUUUAAAUCCAACAAAUUUCCACAUUUAUCUGCCUAUCUGGUGCCACAGUGGUGCAUAGAAGGAUAUUCGUGAAUAAUUAUGUCAUGUGUGUCACAGCCCGUUCCACUACGCUUUUACUUUCAUAACGCGGUAAAAUAUACAUAUGUGAAUUUGGCUAUAUCAGGUUAUAGGCCGAUUAGAACCAAACUCAGCAGGAUUGUUGGAAAUCGUAACAGAACACAACGUGCAAAAUUUCAGCUCAAUCGGACACAAUUCCGGCCCCCAGGGGCUUAAGAAGUCAAAGCGAGAGUUCGGUUUAGUCGUAACGGAACACUACAUGCAAAAUUUCAGUAAUGGUGGGUAUACUAAUCGGUUUUUAGCGUCAACCAUAGGAUGUGGGUAUACUAAUUUCCUCAUUCCGUUUGUAACACAACGAAAUAUUGACCAGAGACCCAACAAAGUAUAUAUGUAUAUUUUGAUAUUUUUGACAUUCUAAGUCGAUUUAGUUAUGUCCGUCCGUCUGUCGAAAGCACCCCUAUAUUGCGGAGGAAAAAAGCCAGGCGCUUGAAAUUUUGCACCAAUACUUCCUUUAAGCAUAAGUCAGUUGGGAUUAUAAAUGGGCCAUAUCGGUCCAUGUUUUGAUAUAGCUGCGAUAGAAACCUAUGUCGGAUUUUUCAUUUUCUUGCUUUUUCCUAUACUGUUAUGUGACGCGCACAUCUUGUUUACUUUUGAUUGAAUUUAAUUUUUUUUUCAGCAGUGUAGAAAAGCAACCCCCUACGUCAUUUUAACCUCUCACCAUAGGAGAUUGCUAUCAUUCGACGCACGCUCUUUGUAAAAACAUGACGUUUAGUGUGUUGAAUAAUUUUUGAGUAGCCCAGGGCUAGUAAAAUUUUUGACAGAAGCAAAACUAAUUUUGACGUUUAUGAAGCAAAGUUCCAUGUUGCUAGUUGUGAAUCUAAUUCAAUUUGCGAGCGGCGAUUACUAGCCGCACAUAUUUAUUUGUUUAAGAUUUGCAAAUUGGAAAUUUUGCCCAUGAACAUUCCACUAAGGAACAGGGGCAAACUUCUCACAUAUCAAUGAGUGCACUCCGAUUCAAGUUAAAGCUCAAUGAUAAGGGGUCCCCUUUUUAUGACCGAGUCCGAACGGCGAGCCUCGGUGCGACACCUCUUUGGAGAGAAGUUUUACAUGGCAUAGUACCUCACAAAUGUUGCCAGCAUUGGGAGGGGAAAACAACCGUUUUUCUGAUGGUCUCGCGAGGAUUCGAACCCAUGCGUUCAGCGUCAUAGGUGGACAUGCUUACCUCUGCGCUAUGGUGGCCUCAUUUGUUUAUUGUUAAAAUAAAUUGGCAAAACGAAAUGUUGUUAUUUGAGACAUUUGCAACCUCUGUGUGAAUUAUUUUUGGACGGCGUCGGUAUCAGUAAUCAUUCGGCUUUUACAUGUUAAUAAAAUCUUGGUACAAUAAAAUCAUAAAUCCAAAGAUUAAUGCGCCUAUAGAGGGCGCAAUUUUCAUUCGAUUAGGCUAACAUUUUGUACAAUGAUUUCUCUCAUGACUUCCAACUGAAUUUAUUAACCUUGGUUUUAUUUGGUAUGUGCAGUGAUAUUUUGCUUCUACAUAAAUCGAUCUCCUAAUUUGUAUUUCUCAUUUUCGUUUGAAAUAUAGGUGGUGGAAAAUUAACGAUAGUAUCGAUAUUUAUUAUUAAAACUAUCGAAAAUAUUGUAUGUUGCAAUUAUCGAUAUAGUUUGCCAGCUUUAAUUGGCACACUCUCUAUGAAAACAUCUCAUCUUCACGUGUGGCAGUACAGAAUCACUUUUCCGCGUUGAUUUUGUGGGAUUUGUAUGCAGAGUUGCAACGCGACGCUCAAAAACAAAGCUCAAAGACAGAAUUAACGAUUUCAUAGCCGAACCGAUAAAUUUCUUGCACCGCUUCGAUAUAUACAUGUAGUUGGUUUUGAAAAUGUAUUUUUCUUCCGAGACCACGAAGUAAGUAAUAAAACUGACAAACUUCUUUUUGUCACCUUAGUCCGUACUAAAUUUCUAAUGGUUUUUUGCGCCUUUUCAUUAAGUUGACCAGAAUUGAUUGUUGUGAUUUAAUUCAUAUUAAAUUUGGUGAAAAUUGUUAAUAAAUCAUUCUUUAUAACAAAUAGACAAAACAGGAGAAGAACACAACUAAAAAUUUACGUUUUUGCAUUCUUUUGUGUGCAAAUAAAUCCAUAAACAAUGAAAAGAAAUCCUCCUCGAUGACAACAGAGAGAGGCAACAGAAUCAAUAUCGACUC